CAAUCCAGAAAGAUUUGUGAAGAACACAUUCUAAAAGUCAAAGGCGUUAUCAGCUUCACCUUUGACCUUUCUAAACAUAGAUGCACGCUGAGAGCAAAGAAUGAUCUCAAGCCUGAGUCAUUGGUUGCUGCUAUUGCUAAGUCUAAGACAAUGUCUGCUGAACAAGUCUUGAAAAAUGAAUGUGGGGAAGAGGUGCUUUUAUCUUUUGGUGCCAACCCAACGACUGCCGAUAAAGAGAACAAUGCCCUACCACAAUAUUUGCCCGAAGAUGACAGUCCGAUAAAAGGUGUUGACAAAGCUGUUGUCAGAACUGGUAAGCAGGAGCAACAAGGAUCGUGGCUUGGUUCAGCAGCAAAAUUUCUUUCACAGUCUUUCUAUUGGUGAAACUCGUAGCUAUCCAAGAAGUAAACAACAACAAAUAUUUGACAAUCGUUAGCUUGUCUGGCAGCUUUAAAAGAGGAAUGCACCCAAAGUUGUCAACGCCUAUCUGAGCCAGAUUACCAAAACACUCUUUGUUAGUAACUUUCAUGUAUUCAUAGAAAUUUGUCUCCCAUAUCUAUUUAGAAGGAAGUUUGUUGUCAUGCAAGUCAUAAAUACAUAAACCAAUGGGCAUGGUGUUUGUCCUAUUUCUGACUGUUCUGUGGUGAUGCCUAUUUUUUUUUCAAUAAUUAAUAUAUCAUAUGAAUUAUCUCCAUUUUUCUGUGUUCUUUUCUUUUCAAUUUGUAAUUACUUGCAUUUAUAAUUGUUUUCGAAUUGAACUUGAUUUAUUAAAAACAAAUUUGUUU